GAGUGUCGAGGGUGAUCUUUCCAGGAUCUUAAUGGGACCUCAGGGCGUCGACUGUGGCCCGCCGCACCCGCCGCUAACUACAUUCCGUUGACCGUUACUGUUGUCGAGGCAAAACCUUUAUCCCGCGGGGUAAGGGAAUGGGUUGUCAGAGGGGCCUCUCUUCCUCCGUCAGCGGGGUUGUCAGGUUUUUGCGGUCUGACGACCUACGUUCGCACGUUCGGCCCGUUGUUGUCUCCGACGGUUUCGAGUUAUAAAAGUUAUGGUUUGUGUGAUAAGGAGGCGGAACGGGCCUAGCGAAGCGGCCCGGGUUGCCGACGCCGGAACACAAAGCGGAUUUUUAUAAAGAGACACCCCCUUCCUACCGGUCGCUGUUGUUGUGGUCCCGGGAAGACCUAAAACUCGACCCAAAGAAUUCAAAUCGGUUCAAGUUUCAAGUAAAAAUUUUUCCCGCCCUUCCCUCCCUUUAUUUCUCGUUACUGUUGUCGGUACAAACCCCUUAUCCCGCGGGGUAAGGGAGUGGGUUGUCAGGUUUUUGCGGUCUGACGACCUACGUUCGCACGUUCGGCCCGUUGUUGUCUCCGACGGUUUCGAGUUAUAAAAUAAAACAUGACAUAGCAGCUCUUCCUGUCCCUGUGUAAUAUUAGAUACAUAGCACAAACAAAUUAUGCCGCGUGUGACGACGUCUCAGAUCGAAGCGAGCUUGCGUGCCCUGGGUACUAAGUGGAAAAAUGUCUGCAGCAAAAAAAAACAAAAUUGGUAGUGCAGUUUGUGCCCUUCUCUUCUCGCCCGGACUGCAGCGCGCUGGCGAGCGCCGUGGACUCCAUGCUGGGGAGCUUGGCCGUGGUGCUGUGCUCCAUUUUUCCUGCGUCGGUGCUCAAAGCUCCCGCGCGAGCUUGAAGGUCCCCCAGUAGUCAGCCCAGGCCUUAGUCCUCAUACUUCUCGUUCUGGAAAGUAGUUGCUUUUGUCAUGCUCCUGUCCAGCAUGCCGCGAACCUCAGCCAGGUACUUGGGCGUAAAGCCCCUCCCGCCAAAAGUGGCAAUUUGUAAUGCGGGUCUCGCAUUACAAAUGGCCUUUUCUUGUGACUCGUUCUGGGUCAGCUUUCCGGGCCGGGUCACAAAUCUGAGGCCCUGCAUCAGCAGAAUGCCGUGCUGUAAGGGUUCAGAUUUGUGAUGCAAAACGUGGCUCCGCCAAAAACGUCUGCACCUCGUCACUGAGGUCCCCAAGUGGAGGUGCAGAGCCUCUUCUUCAGCAAAUUCAACUCAUUCUCAAACAAGACAGGCACUAGGUAAAUCGUCUGGAAUCAGGAGGGAGUGUGGGAACUUGAAGAACUACAACUGCGAACCCGGGUGGACGACGUCCACCGAUACCGACGCACCGAGUCCCUCGGUGGCUGAGCUGUCUCCUCUGCUUCGUCGGCCGAGGCCUUGCCGGAAUACCUGGCCUACCCAUUUCCUUGAUUUCGUUUCAUUGUGAAAAAAAAUAAACACCCAAGAAGGUGCCCAAAAAUGUAGGAUGCAAAAAUUUUGAUUUUUUUAGCUGCAGACAUUUUUCAGUUUAGUACUGGGACUGGCCCUGCCGUCUCCCGCCGCACCCGCCGCUAACUACAUUCCGUUCACGAAAGUUGGCCCUCUGGUGUUUGUGAGUGGCCAGAUCCCAAAGUUACCCGACGGAACCAUGCACAAGGGGAAAGUUGGAGACUCGUACACGGUGGAGAGAGCACAGGAAGCCGCACGGGUAUGCGCCCUAAACAUCGUAGCACAGAUAAAGGAAGCCUGCAAAGAUGGGGAAUUGGCACAGGUAGACUUUUCAUAGGAUCACUACUUUUAUCAUCUGAAGGAAGCAGCGGCGGGCAACAUCGCUGUUCUUAGAUUGGUGAUGAUGAAGAUGAAAGAGGAAUCAAAGCAGCUACCUUCGCCUUUCCUGAAAAACUCAGGUGAAGAAAAUAGUGAAGCUGGAAGGAUUCGUGUCGUGCGGUGCGGAGUUUACCGAGCACCCAGAAGUGAUCAAUGGGGCGAGCGACCUGCUUGUUGACCUAUUUGGCCCAGAUGUCGGACCGCACUCGCGAUUCGCUGUAGGCUGUGCCAGUCUUCCGCGGGGUGUUCCCGUGGAGAUCGGGGCCGUCGUCGAGCUCGAUGGAUAAAGGAAGAUAGAUUUCAUGGCUGACGGCAAAAGUGACCAAGACCAACUUUUGAAUUCUACGUACUGACCUACAAGUAGCAGCUGCACAACAUCAGAAUCAAGAGGCAUGAUAGCGACGCAAGAAAAACUUUCAGUGACUCACAAUGACCUGUGGCACAGUGAUGUUAACUACAUCAAACGAAUGAACUUUUCUCAGCGAGGAUCAUGUCAACAGAACAAACCUUUCAGCAAAGAACACGACUUUGUUGUGGAUGAAUUAGACGACGAAGACUCGUUCGUCGAUCGAACAAUUGGGGAGAUGCUGUUGUCAAUUUUUUCGCCAGCUCGGGGCUGGCCAGGUUUUCCUAUCUUGUGAACAAACGAUCUUUCCGUAUUGUGCGCCG